AUUUUUAUACAAUUUUUUAACGUAAAAUGCACUACAGUGUAUGUUGUCUAUAUUGUAACUAAAUCGUUUAGGUAAAAAAAUAUGUUUGGUAUCACGGAGUUACUCAUUUAACUUGAUUAUAUCUCGAACAUAUGUACUUUAUUGAAAAUGAUUUUAUUUAAAAAAUAUAAUAAAUAAAGAAGUGAAGAAUGCCUUUUGGUGAUGCGAAAUAUGAAGUGGUUGCUGGUCAGGAGCCUAACUGUGAUAUUAUUGACUUAGAUAUUGAAAGAAAACGUAAAAUAUUAACGCCGUCUUGUUUUUGGAGUUCUUUUAAGACAACCAUAUUAAUAAUUAUAUAUUUUAUACCAUCAAUAUCACUUACAUUCUAUCAACGAUGGCUUUUAAAGGAUUUCCAUUAUCCAUUGUCGGUAGUUUUAGUCCAUAUGUUUGUAAAAUUUGUAUUGGCUGUGAUAAUACGAGAAAUAUGGGGUUGUUUAAAGCGUCAACCUCGAAAAAUAUUACCUUGGAGACAAUUUAUAAAAGGAAUAGCACCCACGGGUAUAGCUAGCGGUUUGGAUGUUGGUUUAUCUAAUUGGGGUUUAGAAUUUGUGACUGUGUCAUUAUAUGCAAUGACCAAAUCGACUACAAUCAUAUUUAUUUUGAUAUGUUCUAUACUUUUUAAAUUAGAAAAAAAGUCAUGGUCAUUAGCAAUAAUUGUAAGCAUGAUAGCUGCUGGUUUGCUAAUGUUUACUUAUAAAUCAACACAAUUUAAUCUAUUAGGAUUUUGUUUACUUUUACUUGCAUCGUUUGCGUCAGGCUUACGAUGGACUUGUGCUCAGUUACUUAUGCAAAAAUCAUCUGGAUUAACGAAUCCGGUUGAUAUGAUAUAUCAUGUACAACCAUGGAUGAUUUUAUCAUUACUCCCGGUUGCUAUUGCAGCUGAAGGCCAAUCAUUUAUAACAAGUUGUUCUCUUUUUCGAUACAAAGAUGUGAAUGUAUUGUACGCAACACUAACAAAAAUGUUCAUUGGAGCAAUAAUUGCGUUUGGAAUGGAGUUUAGUGAAUUUUUGGUUGUAAAUCAUACAUCCAGUUUAACACUUUCUAUUGCCGGAAUAUUCAAAGAAAUUGUUAUUGUUGUAUUAGCUGUUGAAUGGAACGGCGACAUGAUAUCUGGAAUUAAUAUUCUGGGUCUUAUAUUAUGCCUAUGUGGUAUUUCUAGUCAUAUUAUUCAUAAAAUUCAAACGACCUCAUUACAUGUUAAAGAACAUAGAAAAGAAAUUCAUAGUUUACAAUAUAAUAAUAGUCAUGAUCUUAAAAUGCCGUUAAUUAAUUCCGAACCAGAGACGGUGUCCAGUGAGGCUGAUGAAGAAAGUGAUUCACAAAUUAUAUUUAAUAUUUUAAAUAGUCGUGAUAGAUAACAUUUAUGAUUUACACAUUAUUUUCGAAAUGUUUUGUUAACAUUUCUCAAAAAAUUUUUAUUUUUUUAACUAUAGG